UACAGAGAUCAACCUUGUGCAACGAAAGUACACACUUGUAUCCGCACACUUGCAUACAAACACACCUAAAAGAGCCAGCAGUGGAAAAACUGUGGCUCUGCAUCCCAGAAAAGACCAUCCACAUCCUGUCAGACAGAGUCAGACACCAUGAUCAAGCGCAAACUGAAUUUCAAGUGGUUUGGUAGUCUCACCAACCUGCGACGAAAGUCAGAUGCCCAAAAGGAUGAAGGACCUGAUCCGCUGUCAGUUAAAGAGGUGUCAACUGACGACAUGGGGAUGCAUCCAUGGAGCCCGAGCUAUGCCAGUUCCAGUGAAAUGUACACCCACAUGGGCACCAUGCCACGUCACCAGAAAAAAGACAGAGGUUCGAAGAAGAGCAAGUCCAAAGACAAGACCAACCUGGGUCGGAGCCUGAGCUUAAGACCUUCACAGGACUAUGUAGUUGAUUCACCCCUUCUAAGUGUGCUUUCUGGGAAGGGCUUGGAAGCCCUGGAGAAGCCCAUCAUAGAGGACAAACCAGCUAUGCAGACAAGAGAUACAAGAAACAUUCAGAAUCGUGAUCUUCCUCUUCCACCAACUCUGGAUGGAUGCUCAACAGAGCAAGGAACUGCAGAUAAGGACCCGGUACUUGAGUCUAUACAGCAUGUUGAUCAGGCAGCUCUGUGUCUACAACCUUCAGAUGUUUUGCCACCAGAACUAAGUCUGACCAAAGAGUUAAAGUUUCAGCCAGUGCUGCCUAUGAAGAGACUCAAAGGAGACACCUCCAUGAAAUGUUCAGAGGAGCUCCAUUUGGACAGUAACUUGAUUAAUUUGCCUCAGAAGAUUGUCAGUCACGUAGAGCAGAAGAAAGAGCCAGAGGCUAAUAUGGGAUCAGGCUGUAAACAAGACAAAAAAGAGAAGGAACCCAACAGACAGCUGGACACCACAGAUGGCCAAGAAGAAUAUGUAGAGUUCUCCAAGGAGAAGUACCUGCUGGAGUCACCCCCAGAGAAACUCAGGAAAGAGCUGGAGGAGGAACUCAAGCUCAGUAGCAGUGACAUGAGGAGCCACGGCUGGUACCAUGGCCAUAUUCCACGAGAGGUCUCAGAAACUUUGGUCCAACGUAGCGGUGACUUCCUUGUCCGGGACUCCCUGUCCACUGUGGGUGACUACAUCCUGACGUGUCGCUGGCAGCAGGAAGUGAUUCACUGUCGGAUCAGUAAAGUCCUGGUGAAGAGCGGGCAGAGUAAAAUCCAGUACAUGCUAGAGCACGAGAGCUUUGACUCUGUGCCCACGCUGGUCAGGCACCACGCUGGCACGGGUCGAUCCGUGUGUCCACGCACUGGCGCACAGCUACUGUGUCCGGUCAACAGAACGCUGCCGCUGAGAUACCUGGAGGCGAUGUUUGCGUUAGCAGGUGGAAGACCAGGAUCCGCAAAUUCACCAUCGACCCAGAGGGGGGCCCACAUCAAGAGACGGAGCGUUACUAUGACAGAUGGACUCACAACAGAGAAGCUUAUUCCUCACAGUGCCAUCCAGUCUACAGAGCCAGAUAAGUCUCUGACAGUCAAGCCUGAAGAGAAACCGGUGGAGGGCAGCAGCUGCCAUUCUACUGUGCACCAUAAGGAUGCAAUGAGGAACUGUGCCAUGAGCAUGGAUCAGAUUCAAGAGUACCGCUACCCCCUGUCCCCGGUGGGGGAGACCCCCCUGUCCCCUGCCUACAACUCCAUCUCCCGCCACAGACAUGGCUCCGGUGGGCGUGUCCUCGCCAUAAUCCCACCUUCCCCCGUGUUGCGACGCUCUAGCGAUCCCCAUCUCUCACCCUCAUCCUCCAAUAACAACAUUCCUUGCUCGGACACGCCCCCUAGCACCCACUCGACGCCUGCCCAUGGUUACCCCUCGGAGAGUUCAGAGCCUGGGGGCAGCUACUGUGAGCUGAGACCCAGACAAGCCCCCCCACCACCCUGCAAGAGCUAUGUGGAGAGGCUGAGGGUAGAAGAGGGCCAAAGCCUGGGCUCUGGAGCUCAGGAUGGGGUGGAGGGCUUCAUGCUGCCCCUGGUGGAGACCAGCUCCUCUUUCAAACCUGGCAAGUACCAGUCAAUUCUUCUGCCAGCCGAGAAUAAACCACUGGAGAUGAGCGUGUUGAAGAGAGUGAAGGAGCUACUGGCAGAGGUGGAUCCCAAGACAGCUGCCAAACACAUCACCAAGGCAGACUGCAUGGUUGCUAGGAUUCUGGGCAUUACCAAGGAGAUGCAAAGGAUGAUGGGAGUGAGCUCGGGGCUGGAAUUGCUGACUCUUCCGCAUGGACAUCAGCUAAGGCUGGAUCUACUGGAGAGGUUUUACACCAUGUCUAUAAUGAUGGCAGUGGAUUUGCUGGGCUGUACAGGGAGCACAGAGGAGAGAGCCAUCCUCCUGCAUAAAACCAUCCAACUAGCUGCUGAACUCAAGAGCAACAUGGGCAACAUGUAUGGAUUUGCAGCGGUCAUGAGAGCCCUGGAGCUACCACAGAUCACACGGCUGGAGCAGACAUGGAUAACGUUGCGACAGAGACACACAGAAGGGGCCAUCCUCUAUGAGAAGAAACUCAAGCCAUUCCUGAAAGCCAUGAAUGAUGGCAAAGAGACGUGUGUGCUGUCCAACACAUCCUUCCCUCACGUGGUGCCGGUGUUGUCUUUGCUUGAGCGCGGUGUGGCGGCUGGGGAGGUGCUGGAGUCCUGGGAGAGUGUGGAGUUUGGGGUGGACGUGGUCAUGAGUCACUUGGAAGCAGCACGCACAAUCGCUCACCACGGAGGACUUUAUCACACCAACGCUGAGAGCAAAUUACAUGAUUUCCAAGAGCGUAAGGAGGUGCUGGAAAUCUUCUGUACAGAGUUUCAGAUGAGGCUUUUAUGGGGCAGUCGAGGUUCGGAAGGCAACCAGUCCGAACGAUACGAGAAGUUUGACAAGGUCCUCACCGCUCUUUCACACAAGCUAGAACCUCCCGUACGACACAGUGAAUUAUAGCACCCACCCUGAUCACCCCUGCACCCACAAAUGGUAUGAUCCCUCACCUCUCUGUCGCUUCCACUAUUGGACUGGACUAUUAUGGGGUACGUACGGCAGAAAUAGAGAAUAUGACAAUGACGGAAUGACUCAUUUUUCAAAACAAGGCACAAAAGGGGACAGGCUUUAUACGAGCAUGAUAGCGCCCCCUAUAGAAAACAGAUGUGAACUGCAGCAAUUGAAUUAAAUAAAAACCUAAAGCCAAAAUCUUCUUCAGUGGUUGGACAAAGAAUCCAAGGAAACAUAUUGUGACGAAGGGUCUCAGCACUUCUUUUUCAAAAAGAAAGAAUGUGAUAAAGUGCAAGUUGACUCGAACCAGAAUGGGACUGAAUCCUGUUUACUGUGAAUCAAUGAUUUUUUUCGCCAUCAGCUUUUAUGUCAAUGAGAGCAAAGAUAUCUCCCAUACAGGUUGUUUGCUCAGAGAGGAAUUAUGAUUUACUGCCGGAAUUGACUGAACACACACUCACUUGUCAAAUGUCUGAAUGUAUGUUGCCAAAUCAUGAAUUUAAACAGAUACCUGCUGGAUGCAAUCUUAUUUUUUUGCUAAUUUUUGAGGCAAAUUCACUUCUGUGGUUUUUGAUGCUUUUAUGGCUUUAUCAGUAGACAGUUACUGUGAGGAAUUGGGUUUUUAUUUUAUAAGUAGUGUCUUACAGACAUUCACAUUCACACUCUCUACAGGUUUGACAGCAUCACUCCUCAGAGUGCAAUGGUGUCUGUAUGUUUUAGAGAAAGAGUGUAACAUGAUUUUUUCUUUUUCUCUAUUUCUGUCAUUCUGUUGUAGAUUGUUUUAUUAUUAUUUUUAUUAUUAUUAUUAUUAUAUUUUAUUUAAAGACCCCAUGAAAUUAAAAUUUACAUAUAUUAGCUUUAAAGCCAUUUAUAUGCUAGUGAUCUCUUAAAAGUUGACUAAAUGAACUUUUGGCAAAUAUAUGUAAAAUAUACAGACCAAAAAUAUUGAUUACUCAUCUGGUUUGCUGGAGCAUAUACAAACUUUUGUGGUCUCUGAAAUGAGAAUGACACCAACCCCUAAAUUAUACUGUAAGUACAACCAGCCACCAACUGGUUCACACCUGUGACAUAAACUAAAGGGUAUCAGAUGUUAAAAAUCAAGGACGAGCCCUUCAGUAUGUCCCUCCCAACUUUCUGUUUCAAUAGAAAAUACAUCAAUACAGGAAAGAAAGCUGCUUGUCAAACCAUUUCAUGGAGUCUUUAAUAUCUUUCAUCAUAGAGCAUUUUUGUCAUUAUGACCAUAGCUUUUAGUUUUUGGCUGUCUUUUAAACACAUAUUCUCAAUAAGAGAUCACAAUGAAUGUCAGUUUGUAUGAAAUUAUUCAAGAGCCCCAUGUAGACAAACUUGAGAGCAUUUUCUAACCCGUGCUCUAUUCUGGAAUAAAUAUACUCUAUGUUAAAGAUGAUAAAUGAACAGUCAAAAUGAGCAAUCUAACUUAGUCAUGCACCAUGCUUACUCCAUGUCCAGAUCAUCAAUUUAGUAGAGACAUUUGCUUUUUAAAGGAAUGUUUUGGGUUCAAUUCAAGCCGAAUCAACUGCAUAUGUGGCAUGAUGUUGAUUUCCACAAAAAUAAUGUCAACGUGUCCCUCCUUUAAAAACAUUUUUAAAAACAAUAACAAAAAAAAAAAAAGCAAAAAUCAUAGUAACAGGGAGGCACUUACAAUGAAAGUGAAUGGGGCCAGUCCAUAAAUGCUAAUAUUGUUUACAAAGUAGGGCUGUCGAUUUAAUAGAUUUAUUCAGUGCGAUUACUUAUAUAAAAAAUUUGUUACAAAAAUUUACGUAAUUAAUCAUGUCCCCGGACCGUAAUAAGGAAUAUUCUUACCAUCGGAGCAAUUCAAGCUUGAAGUACCAUCAGUUUUCUCCAGGGGGCAGUAAGCGAAACUCACUGUAUAGGCAACGCGCAGCUUAUACAUAGAACAAACCACACUCACCAACAGCAGACAGCACAAGAUGAAGACGGACGCGUUCUUGCGUUCAAACACAGCUUGAUAGAGCGCAUAUUUGAAUGCAGGUAUCUCAAGUGUUUUUCGAAGUUUCAAACUACGUUUAACAACUUGACACAGCGACCUAAAAAUGGUAUUCACAACCAAAGCGAGACCAAAAGCGUCCGUCUGACGCAUGUGUACAUUGACGCUUCCUUAGAAAAGCCCUCAUAAUAAACAAACUGCAAAAUGGAUUGCUCUGAACUGUAGACCAAUGAUUGGCUUAUGUUCAAUAAUGUGGAAUUAAACAAUAUAUUGGAUUCUAAGCAUUCUUAUCAAUGCUUUACUCGUCUGCCACAAUAAUGUAGUGCAUUUUAACUAUUUAUUAUUGUUUCAUAAUAUAAAUGUAUUUUAUUUAUAAUUAUGUAAAUAUAAAUAUGAAUAAUUAUUUAAUAAUUUUAUUUUGAAUAACUGUUAUUUGAGGACCUUUCUCAGCAAAUAUUUAUAUAUGCGAUUAAUUCGAUUAAUCGGCAUACCAUGUAAUUAAUUUAAUUAAAAAUGUGAAUCAAUCAACAGCCCUAUUACAAAGUAUAGCCACAAGAUGUAAACAUUAAAUAUGUUAACAUAAUCUUGUUUAAAUAGCUUACUAACCUUAUCUGUGUGAAGUUAUAUCCAAUGUUGUAAUUUUUUUGUCAUGACAGUGAACCCCAGUUUAAUCCCAGUAAUAGAUAUAACUUUACACAGAUCAGAUCAGUUAGCAAUUUUAUCACACUAAAUUCAUGUUAACAUAUACAGUAUAUAUAUAUAUAUAUAUGGGGAUUGAAUUAUUUUCUGUGAUAAUUAACAUUAUGCCACAAAUACCUUUAAUUGAGCAUUACCUGUUUUGAACCUGGAACAUUCCUUUAAAGUUUUUAGUUUUUCCGCCUAUUAUAUUCAAAGAACGAAACAUUCUAAAUAAUGUUACGCAAUAAUUCAUAUCGCAACCUACUACAUGGAGGAUAUUUACGGGUUAAGCAUUACUAUUGGUAUUCCUCAUAUUUAGGAUUAGGGGGGUUUCAAAACAUUCAACGGAAUUACAGUUUUCACUUUGGCAGACGAUGAAACGAGCUAAAAACUCCCAUAGACUUACACUGAAGGAGGGGCCCAAGUCAAAUCUUGGGACCUGAACUUCAUAGAGACUUGGGGGUGGGCUCUUUUAACUUGGGCCAGCUAGCGAUACACUAACAACCACUCAGAACAACACAGCAACCCCAUAGCAACACCCUGGCAAUCACCCACAAACACCCUACAUGGUGUAGACUUUUGCACUGGCAAGUACCACUCAUUUUCUACAGAAAAUGUACAAAUCUCGUUCAAACUGAAUGUUAAAUAAAAAAAUAAAAUAAUAAUGGAGUUCGAAAGAGUUCAGCUAACAACAUAGCACCAUGGCAACAUUCAGUAGCUUACUUGUAUUCAGAUGCCCUUAUUGGAUUCCAGUGCUGUUUGCAUAUUUUGGUAUAUUUAGCCAAACAAAACCCAAAGUCACACACAUUUUCUACCCUUAUUUUGGGGGUAACAGCACUUACCCAUUAAGAGUAAAUGUUCUACUGCGAUCUGUUGCGUAUCACUUACAGGCUGCUUUACUUCACACCCAGUCUAUUAAUGCAUAUUUCCAGGGAAUUUUCAAGAGGUAUUUUUCAGGUAUCUUAAUAAGGGCACAUCUCAAACUAGAUGAUGCUGUCAUAGAUAGGAGAGAAUUAUGGGAUGAACGUCGCAUAAUAUGCAAUUCCACUUUUAGCCAGCAGAGGGGUCUGUUUAGUAAGCUAAAAACGAAAAAAUUGACAUUUUGGACCUUUUGAAACUUUUUUGUUUUGUUUUGUUUUUUUCAAAAAUUUUGGGGCCUACUGGUCUAGGACUGUAACUUGUGUUUGGUUUCUCUAUUGAAAAGUUUCUGUAAAGAUAAACAUAUGACUAUUUCGUUUUGUAAACAGUUACCCCUCAAUGGACGAUGGUGGAGAAAGUGGACGUAAUUGCAUCCAUUUAUCUGUAUAUACUGGUAUGUCCUCUGUUUUGCACUCUUUUUUCAGAAAAUAAAUACAGUAAGCUUGUAUCCUA